UGUUUAUUUAUAUAAAUAUAUUAUUUGCCGCGCUUGGACACGUCUGUGUGCUGCUGUCUUUCGCCGGCAGGUAGAGCAGGUGUUGGCACGCCAGCUCACACACUGCCAUUAAGGAUCAACACCGGGAAGCGACGGGAGACAGAAUGGGCGCCGUGAUCCGUCCUCUGGCGAGGCCUAGCGCGGGGCGGGGCGGGGCGGGUUGGCGGCCACAGCCUGCUGGGCCUGCCGGUCAGGCUGAGGCUGCUCAGGCUCAGUGUGCGCUGCGCCGCGGGACUGAGAGGACAAGUGUUGCCUUACUAUCUACCACCAUGGCUGGAAGUGGUCCGAAAGUAAUCACGCUGGAGAACAUGAACUCCCAGGUGAAGAAGAUGGAGUACGCGGUGCGCGGCCCGCUGGUGAUCCGCGCCACGGCCAUCGAGAAGGAGCUUCAGGCGGGAGCAGAGAAGCCCUUCAAGACAGUCAUCAAGGCCAACAUAGGUGACGCGCAUGCCAUGGGACAGAAGCCUAUCACUUUUCUCAGACAAGUUGUGUCAUUGUGCCUGAUGCCAAGCUUGCUGGAUGACGAUACCUUCCCAGAGGAUGCCAAGCAGCGGGCGCGAGGCAUCCUGGCAGGGUGCCGUGGAGGAUCCCUUGGCGCCUACAGUGACUCACCAGGGAUUGAGAUCAUCCGGCGCCACGUGGCUGAGUACAUAGAGCGCCGGGAUGGUCACCCGUCCAGCUGGGAGAACAUUGUGUUGUGUGCUGGCGCCUCGGAGGGCAUCAGGGGCACAAUGAAGAUGAUGAUCCAGCACGACAACGGCAUCAAACCAGGCGUCAUGAUCCCCAUCCCUCAGUACCCACUUUACUCUGCCACCAUUGCUGAGUUCAACCUUCACCAGAUUGGUUACUACCUCGAUGAAUCCACCAACUGGGGCCUGGACAUGGCAGAGCUGGAGCGGGCGUACAAUGAGGCCAAGGAAGUGUGUCUUCCCAAGGCCCUGGUGGUGAUCAACCCUGGCAAUCCCACUGGUAAUGUUUUACCGCGGGAGAACAUUGAGGCUGUUAUAAAGUUUGCCCACGAAAGAAACCUCUUCUUAUUUGCUGAUGAGGUGUACCAAGACAAUGUUUAUGCUGAUGGGUGCAAGUUCCAUUCCUUCAAGAAAGUCCUGAUGGAGCUUGGGGAGCCUUACUGCCACAUGGAGCUUGCUUCCUUCAUGUCCUGCUCCAAAGGCUACAUGGGGGAGUGUGGCCUGCGUGGUGGCUACGCAGAGCUCAUCAACCUUGACCCUCAGGUGAAGGCCAUGUACCUCAAGAGCAUCUCAGCCAAACUUUGUCCAACCACUCUGGGCCAGGCAGUAAUGGACUGUGUCGUGAAUCCCCCAUGUGAGGGUGACGUGUCCUAUGAGCAGUUCAUGUCAGAGAAGAAAGCCGUUCUGUCCUCCCUGGCUCAGCGUGCCAAGAUGGUGGUGGAAACCUUCAACUCAGUGCCGGGCAUGUCAUGCAACAUUGUGCAGGGAGCCAUGUAUGCCUUUCCCCAGAUCCAGCUUCCCCCCAAGGCCAUAGAGGCAGCCAAAGCAGUGGGACAAGCACCAGAUGUCUUCUAUGCUUUCCAGCUUCUUGAAAGCACUGGCAUAUGCAUUGUUCCAGGCACCGGGUUUGGGCAGCGUCCUGGAACAUAUCAUUUCAGAACCACAAUCCUGCCACAGCCUGAGUUGCUCAACAUUAUGCUGGAGAAGUUUAGAGAAUUCCACUCCAACUUUGUCAACCAGUAUCAGUGAAGAGAAGAAGGAGGAGGAAGAGGAGGAUGCCUGCACUUACUGAGAAGUGUGCCUGCUGAAUCUCCUGUCUGCACCAGCAAGCAUCAACCCCCCCCCCCACCCACACACACACACACACACACACACACACACACACACACACACACACACACACACACACACACACACACACACACACACACACACACACACACACACACACACACACACACACACACACACACACACACACA